AUGCCUUCUUACAAUAUUGUCGUGUUCGGUGGUGACCACUGCGGACCCGAAGUCACAGCAGAGGCUCUGAAGCUCCUACAGACGAUCGAAAAGCACAGCGACAUCAAAUUCAAUUUCAAAGAGCAUCUCCUUGGUGGUGCCUCUAUCGAUGCGACUGGCGAGCCUUUGACAGACGAAGCACUAUCCGCAGCGAAAGCCGCUGAUGCCGUCAUUCUCGGCGCCAUUGGCGGUCCAAAAUGGGGCACAGGCAGCGUCAGGCCUGAGCAAGGCAUUCUGAAACUCCGCAAGGAGAUGGGAACAUUCGGCAACCUACGUCCAUGCUUCUUCGCCUCGGAAUCUCUGGUCGACAUCUCACCACUCAAGGCCGAAGUCUGCCGAGGCACCAACUUCAACAUCGUCCGUGAGCUUACCGGUGGAAUCUACUUUGGAGAGCGAAAGGAGGACGAUGGCUCCGGCUACGCAAUGGACACGGAGCCAUACUCACGAAUGGAGAUCGAAAGGGUUACUAGGCUCGCGGCAUAUCUCGCACUGGCUGAAGACCCGCCGCUGCCAGUGUGGUCUCUUGACAAAGCCAACGUGAUGGCAACGUCGCGGCUCUGGCGGAAGACAGUCACCGAUGUCAUGACGAAGGAGUUUCCACAGCUGAAGCUGGGCCAUCACCUCAUCGACUCGGCUGCUAUGCUAAUGGUUAAGAACCCCCGCGCUCUCAACGGCAUCAUCGUCACCUCGAACCUCUUCGGCGACAUCAUCAGCGACGAAGCUUCUGUAAUUCCCGGAAGCCUUGGCCUCUUGCCCUCAGCAUCGCUGACCUCCUCUCCCGACGGCAAGGGAAAGUGCAACGGUAUAUACGAACCUAUCCACGGGUCUGCCCCCGACAUCAGCGGUAAAGGCAUCGUCAACCCGGUGGCUAUGCUGCUUUCGAUGGCCAUGCUGCUGAAGUACUCGCUGGAGCAGCAUGCGCUUGCGCAGAAGGUGGAGGAGGCUGUGAAGAUUGUGAUAGACAAGGGGAUUCGGACGACGGAUAUUGGUGGGUCGGCAAAGACUACGGAGGUUGGAGAUGCUGUUUCUGCGGAGCUCGAGAAGCUGCUCAAGCAGUAG